UGACUAUUUAAUUGUGUUUUUACUAAUUUGUGUGAUGUUUGCAAUGGGAUGUUCGGUCACUAUUGAACAGGCGGGUGUAUUGUCUGGUUUGGCAAUUGUCCUCUUCUGUCAAACUCUAGAGAUAUUCAUAUUUCCGGACAUCUUCUCUGACGUUCCGCUGGCAUUGUAUGCGGCGGUGAUUGUAUUGCCCGUAAUAGGUCUGGCCGUGGGUUACAUAAGCGCCCGUAUAUUUUGUCUCAAAACAUAUAUUUGUCGCACAAUUGCCAUUGAGAUCGGCAUUAAGAAUGUGGGAACGGCUCUCACUAUAGUCUCGCUUUCCUUCCCAUUUGAGCAAUUACGUAAGGCCUGGCUCUUCCCAUUCCUCUAUGCUUUUUCAUCGUUGGGUAUAUUAAUCAUUGCCACCGCUUAUCACCGAUUUGUUGAAGUGUUUUGCGUUCAGCCGUCAGAAAGACCUGAAGACAAGGAUCCGGCGUUUGCACAGAAAUUAUUAGAAAAUGAAAACGAAACACCGAUUUUCCCAACAAUGAAUAUACCUCUCUAUACAGUUCACGCUUUCACUAUUAAUGGAGAGCUCUUCACUGGGAAUGGGGCCGCCGUUUGCAUUUUGGAGUUUGAUGAUGACAUAUCAGACGAAGUAAAGCAAAAAAUUGCUUUCGAUAUGAAUUUAAGCGAAACAGCAUUUGUUGCCAAAGCGUGGACUAAGACAACUGACAUUAUGGCCAACACUUACACAUUGAGAUGGUUUACACUGACGAUUGAAGUGGCCAUCUGUGGUCACGCAACUCAGGCCAGCGCUGCCGUUGUUUACAAACAUUUUCAAAAUAGUUCAACACAUAUUAAAUUUAUUACAAAAUUAAAAGGGACUCUUGAGGCGGUUAUAGACCCGAAGGACAUGGCCAUCACUAUUGAUCUGCCACUCGCCGACUGUAACCCAAUUGAUAAAGAGUCCUAUCCUUGGCUUAAAGAGAUUAUCAAAUAUACUUUGGGUCCAAAUGUGAGCGAAGAGUCUAUUAUUGAGGCGGAAUUGUCAACAGAUGUGCCGUAUUUACUGUUAAGACUAAGAGAUGGCUCAGAAUCCGAAGGAUUAAUAUAUAAAGUUUCGCCCGAUUUUGAAAAGUUGUCGAAAGUAGACACAAACCAAUCGGUGAUCGGAACAAUCGUUACGCAAAGGGCGAACUCCAACCAAUCCGUGGAUUUCUAUUCCCGAUUCUUCCCACCAAAUAUGGGUGUGAAUGAGGACCCGGAUGACAUAUCGGAUGAUGUAAAGCAAAAGAUUGCGUCCGAAAUUAAUUUAAGCGAAACUGCAUUUGUGUCCAAAGGAUGGGAUAAGAGUCAGAAAUUGGAGGAAAACACUUACACAUUGAGAUGGUUUACACCAACGGUUGAAGCGCCCAUCUGUGGUCACGCAACUCAGGCCAGCGCUGCAGUACUGUUCAAACAAUUUCAAAACAGUUCAACAAAAGUUUGGUUUAUAACUAAAUUCAAGGGAACAUUUGAAACGGUUAUGGAUCCCAAAGACAAUACCAUUGCUAUUGAUCUGCCACUCGCCGACUGCAAACCAAUUGAUAAAGCGUCCUAUCCAUGGCUGAAAGAUGUUAUCAAAUAUACUUUGGGUCCAAAUGUGAGCGAAGAGUCUAUAGUGGCGGCGGAACUGUCAACAGAUACUAAAUAUUUAUUGUUAAGAUUGAGAGACGGUUCAGAUUGUGAGGGUUUAUUAUAUAAAGUAUCUCCCGAUUAUAUAAAGUUAGCGAAUGUGGACACAAACCAAUUGGUAAACGGAAUUAUUGUCACUCAUAAGGCAGACACCAAACAAAGCCCACAUUUCUAUUGCCGAUUCUUCGCACCCAAUAUGGGUAUAACUGAAGACCCGGUGACCGGUUCGGCGUAUACUGUGUUAAUGCCUUAUUGGAGGCGAGAAUUGACUGAUACUGAAGAACUCACUGCUAAACAGUGUUCACAAAGAGGAGGUACUCUUGUUUGUAAAAUAGAUGACAUAACCGAUGAAAGCAAACAAAAAAUUGCGUCCGAAAUGAAUAUCAGCGAAACGGCAUUUGUUGCCAAAGCGUGGACUAAAAAUACUUCAGUAGAAACAAAUAGCUAUACACUGCGAUGGUUUACACCAACCAACGAGGUUGAUCUCUGCGGACACGCGACUCUGGCCACAGCACGGGUUGUCUACGAUAGAGACCUCAACAACUCGUCCAAUACUACCAUUAAGUUUGAAACUAAAUACAAAGGAAUACUCGAAGCGAUUGUCAAUAAGAGUCAAAAUACAAUCACUCUUGACUUCCCUGUCAAUGAUUGUAAACCACUUGAUGUCAGUACUAAUUCAUGGAUUUCGGAUAUUAUAGUGCAUACAUUGGGACCCAAUUUAGGGGGUGAUUUGAUUAGAGGAGUAGAGUAUUCGCCCGCAACUAAGAAGUUAUUAUUGAGAUUAAAAGAUAAUCCAGAAUCCGAUGAUAUAAUACGUAAAGUAGUUCCCAAUCCAAGCGAACUCUUAAAAAUAGAUACAAACGGUUUGUGUCGAGGAGUUUGUGUGACACAAAAGGCAGAGAGCGUUCACUUCUUGUCCCGAUAUUUUAGUCCCUGGAAUGGUAUCAACGAAGACCCGGUCNAAGUAGUUCCCAAUCCAAGCGAACUCUUAAAAAUAGAUACAAACGGUUUGUGUCGAGGAGUUUGUGUGACACAAAAGGCAGAGAGCGUUCACUUCUUGUCCCGAUAUUUUAGUCCCUGGAAUGGUAUUAACGAAGACCCGGUCAACGGUUCAUCCCAUACAGUGCUGACCCCCUAUUGGCACAGAGAGUACCGCAAGAGUGGCGUUGAAUUGAAACAAAUUAUUGGCCGACAAUGUUCUGCAAGAGGAGGAACUAUUGUCUGCGAACUGUCGGGAGAAAGGGUUAAAUUAAGUGGAAGUACCAGAGCUGUUGUCUCAGCCAAAGGCAGUGAUGCUGUGUUUCCGGAGCCAAAUAAUAUACCAAUAGAGAAAGCGGUGAAAGAGAGUGAACCCAAUGAAUGUGAUUUGAAUAAGUCUAAGGAAACGAAACCAAUUGAACCAAAAGAGUCCUAUAAAUUGAAUGCAAUUAAAGUAAAUCCAGUCUUAGAAAAGCUAAUGAGUAGAAGAAGGCAUACGUUUGUAAUGAAAACAAUAGUUCCCAAAGAGAUUUGCGGCGUUUGUGGCGAUUGUAUUCAGUUUUCCGAGAAAUACAAGCAAUGCGUGGACUGUAUUGCCAUCAGUCAUAUGAACUGUUCGGCCAAAGUGCCGGUGCCCUGCAUUCGCUACACUAACCCAACCCUAAAACCAUCAAAACUCAUAUCCAAUUAUGUUUAUCCAUCGUUUAAGCCGUCGAUUCCGGCGCUAAUCAUACACUGUAUACGAGAGGUGGAGGAGAGGUGUCUGCUUACGAGAGUCUGCGGCGAUACCGAAGUGAACCGUAAGAUCAAACUCAUGUCAGUUUUAUUAGAUAUUAAACGAGAAUUUUGGAUAAGUAUUCUCACGAAAUAA